AUGCUUAGCUACAAGAAUAUUAUUGCAAAACGCCGUUCGCUCGCUCGCAAAUGUGGCCCAAAGCGAAAAUAUAUUUUGCUUUCUCAUUCAUCCCAUAUCCUAUCUCUCUUUCUUUGUCCUUUUCUCUCUCUCUCUCUCUCUCUCUCUCUUUCUUUAUCCUUUCUCUCUCUUUCUUUAUCCUUUCUCUCUUUCUUUGUCCUUUCUCUCUCUCUUUGUCUUUUCUCUUUCUUUGUCCUUUCUCUCUUUCUUUGUCCUUUCUCUCUCUCUCUCUCUUUUUGUCCUUUCUCUCUUUCUUUGUCCUUUCUCUCUCUCUUUGUCGUUUCUCUCUUUCUUUGUCCUUUCUCUCUCUCUCUUUGUCCUUUCUCUCUUUCUUUGUCCUUUCUCUCUUUUCUUUGUCCUUUCUCUCUCUCUCUUUGUCCUUUCUCUUUCGUUGCCCUUUUCUCUCUCUCUCUCUCUUUGUCCUUUCUUUCUUUGUCCUUUCUCUCUUCUUUGUCCUUUUCUCUCUCUCUCUAUUUUGUCCUUUCUCUCUUUCUUUGUCCUUUCUCUCUCUCUCUUUGUCCUUUUCUCUCUUUCUUUGUCCUUUUCUCUCUCUCUUUGUCCUUUCUCUCUCUCUCUCUCUCUCUCUCUCUCUCUUUGUCCUUUCUCUCUCUCUCUCUCUUUGUCCUUUCUCUCUCUUUCGUUGCCCUUUCACUCUCUCUCUCUCUCUCUUUGUCCUUUCUUUCUUUGUCCUUUCUCUCUUUCUUUGUCCUUUCUCUCUCUCUCUAUUUUUGUCCUUUCUCUCUUUCUUUGUCCUUUCUCUCUCUCUCUUUGUCCUUUCUCUCUUUCUUUGUCCUUUCUCUCUCUCUCUUUGUCCUUUCUCUCUCUCUCUCUCUCUCUCUCUCUCUCUUUGUCCUUUCUCUCUCUCUCUUUGUCCUUUUCUCUCUCUCUCUCCUUGCCCUUUCUCUCUCUCUCUCUCUUUGUCCUUUCUCUCUCUCUCUCUCUUUGUCCUUUCUCUCUCUCUCUCCUUGCCCUUUCUCUCUCUCUCUCUCUUUGUCCUUUCUCUCUCUCUCUCUCUUUGUCCUUUCUCUCUCUCUCUCCUUGCCCUUUCUCUCUCUCUCUCUCUUUGUCCUUUCUCUCUCUCUCUCUCUCUUUGUCUUUUCUCUCUCUCUCUCUCUCCUUGUCCUUUCUCUCUCUCUCUCUCUUUGUCCUUUUCUCUCUCUCUCUCUUUCUCUCUCUCUCUCUCUUUCUCUCUCUCUCUCUUUGUCCUUUCUCUCUCUCUCUCUCUCUCUCUCUCUUUGUCCUUUCUUUGCAUAUCUUAAUCUCACCGUUCCUCCAAACAAUAACUGUUUCAAUUCUUUCAUUCUUUGCAAGAUCCGUCGAAUGGGAACGCCACGUGCAUGUCUUUACAUAAAGUUUCUUUUCCCUCGCAGCCUCCUUCCGGUAUUUCCUUCACUUUUCACUUUCCAUAAUUAUUUCUUUCUCGUCUUUAAAAAAACAAAAAAUUAUUACAUAUUUCACAUAAUUUUUCUUUUCUUUUUUUCUUUUUCCUAUUUUUUCUUUUUCUUUCUUUUCUUCUUUUUUCUUUCUUUCUUAUCUCCUUUUUUCUUUCUUAUUUUUUUCUUCUCUCUUUUUUGUUUUUUCUUUUCUCUUUUUUGUUUUUUCUUUUCUCUUUUUUGUUUUUUCUUCUCUCUUGUCUUUUCUUCUAUCUUUCUUGCUCUUUUUCUUUUCUCUUGCCCUUUUUCUUUUUUCUUCUCUCCUUCUUCUCUUUCUUCUCUUCUCUUUCUUUUCUUCUCUUUUUCUUUUCUCUUUUUCUUUUUUCUUCUCUCUUUCUUCUCUUUCUUCUCUUCUCUUUCUUUUCUUCUCUUUUUCUUUUACUUUUUCUUCUCUCUUCUCUUUUUCUUUUUUCUUCUCCCUUCUUUUUUUUUUUUCUUCUCUCCUUUUCCUCUCUUCUUUCUCAGAUUAAUUUUCUCACAUUUCUACAUAAUUGUUUAUUGCACUCUCUUUUUUCUCCUCUCUUUUUUCCUCUUUCUCUCUUUUUCCUCUUUCUCCUUCUCUCUUUUUUCCUCUUCCUUCUUCCUCUUUUUUCCUCUUUCUCCUUCUCUCUUUUUUCCUCUUUCUCCUUCUCUCUUUUUCCUCUUCCUUCUUCCUCUUUUUUCCUUUUUCUCCUUCUCUCUCUUUUCCUCUUCUUUCUUCUUCUUUUGUCCUCUUUCUCGUAUCUCUUUCUCCUUCUUUCUCCUUCUCUUUCUCCUUCUCUUUCUCUUUUUUCUCGUUCUCUUUCUCCUCUUUCUCUCCUUCUCUUUCUCUUUUUCUUCUCUUUGUCCUUCUCUUUUUCGCAUUCUCUUUCUCUCCUUCUCUUUCUCUUUUUCUCCUUCCCUUUGUCUUUUUCUCCUCCUCUUACUCCUCUUUUCUUCCCCUUUCUUCUUCUUCUUUCUCCCUUUUUCUCCCUCUUCCUUCUUUUUCUUCCUUUAUGACCCUUUUUCUUCUUCUUCUUCUUCUUCUUCUUCUUCUUCUUCUUCUUCUUCUUCUUCUUCUUCUUCUUUUUCAUCGAUCUUUCUUCUUUCGCUUCUCUCAUUGUUUUUCUCCCUUCAUAUUUGCCUUUGUUUCUCUUCUUUUGACUUUAACUUACCUUUGAUUAUCUCCUUACUCUCCCAUCUGCUCUCCUUCCGUGUCUUUAAAAUUCUAUUUCUUAUCCUACUUAUCAGCGUUCUCUUCCGGUUAAUCAUCACUGUCAUCAACAGUAACUCUAUCAGCAACAAUGACGAAGGUGGCGGUAACGUCAAUGGGUUUGUUGCCCUUGCCGCUAAAACAGGUGAACGGGCAAGCGGGUGGGAAUGA